AUGGCCUCAGAAAUUCAAACACAGUUAUCAGGACAAGGAAAAGGAAUGGGAAUGGGAAGGCCUUCUUCAAAUGAGUCGACAGAAAAGGCGAACCAAGCAAUUAAAGAUCAAAUAUUUCAAGCAGCUAUGGAGAAUAAGUGGACAAAAGUUAAGCAUCUGUACAUCAACAACAAGUUUGUUCAUGAAUCCAAACUCACUCGAUCUGAAGAUACUGCUCUUCACUUAGCUAUCACUUCUUAUCAUCCAGAUCGAGACAACUCUUUACAGCAUCCUCAUCUUACUUGUAUCAAGGAAAUGAUUGCUGACAUAUCAAAGGAAAAUCGACUAUGUAUCUUAAAGCAGAAGAAUGAUAAAGGGAACACACCUCUUCACCUUGCAGCAGAACUUGGGAGUGUCCCGAUUAUUGAGUGUAUGGUAAACUCAGCAGACCGUGAUCUCAUCUGGGAGACCAAUUCAAAAGGGGAAACCCCCUUAUUCGUAGCUGCUUAUCGUGGCAAGCUACAAGCUUUUCUCUACCUACAUAACUGUUGUCUAAAUGAAAAAGGAGAAGGUCCAAUUGAACUUUGUAGGAGGGAAGAUGGGGAUAACAUUCUACAUGCCGCCAUCUCUGGCGAGUACUUCGAUCUGGCUUUUCAGAUAAUACAUUACUAUGGGCAACUUGUCAACCGUUACAACGUAGAGGGCACAUCUCCUCUACACUUCCUUUCCAGGAUGCCUCAAGUAUUCAAAAGUGGCAACCAUUUUCGGUUCAUAGAUAGCCUCAUCUACUACUGCACAAAUAUCGAAGAGCUAGAGUUAAUGACAUAUGAAGCUGAAGAAAAAGAAGAUUCAUAUAGUAAGCUUGAAUGGAAUCUCCCAGAGAACUACCAAACAAUGGUGGAGUUCUUGGAACUACUUUGGAAUGGGACAUUGAAAACUCUAAAUUAUCUUAAGCGAACAUAUUGUGGGAAUCAAGAAGACCCGUCUAAAGAUACUACAAAAGGAACUGAUGUGAAUCAAGGGAAGAAGUCCAAAGGAGCAACUACUGAGAAUCAAGAGAAUAAGUCAAAAGGCCAUCAAAGUUAUCAUCAAAAUGACCCCGAGAAUCCCUCAAUUCAAGCUGAAAGGAACAGAAACCACAAGUUGUUUCCAGCCAAUUACACCAUCUUUAUCGAGUUCCUCAAAUGUAUAAUGAAGAUUGUACUUAUUGUAUUGGGUAUUGGACUCCAAAGGACCAAAAAACUAGAGGAAAGGAAAAGGCAACAUACAUGGGGAGUUCAAAUUAUGAAGUUGAUGAUUGAGAAAGAAGAACGUUACAAAUUCUAUGAAAGUACUGGGGAGAAGCCAGAAGAUACGUACCUCUAUAGUCAAAUUGGAGCACCUCCUACAGCACCCCCUCCAACAGAUGACAUUGCACAGAUCGAGCAACCACCAACUUCAAGCACAGAUAAGAAGAAAGAUGAUCUCAAGCCCGUUCUAAAUACAGAGAUGUCCAAGACCAAGGAGACACCGCUAUUAGUGGCAUCAAAGAUGGGUACUGUAGAGAUGGUACAGAGGAUCCUCAAAAAGUUCCCAAUAGCCAUUCAAGAUACGGACUGUAACGAGAAGAACAUACUGCUUUUAGCUGUAGAGCAUAGGCAAACAGAUGUCUAUAAUUGGUUAAUAGGAGAAAAGUAUCCAGAGUACGUGUUUUAUCAUGUGGACAAACAUGGAAACAAUGCAGUGCACCUAGCUGCAAUGUAUCAGAAGCUCGAGGUGUGGCGCAUCCCUGGUAGUGCUCUACAGUUGCAAGGCGAAAGGAAGUGGUACAAGUAUGUCAAGCACACUUUGCCACCACAAUCAUAUGUUCGUUAUAACAAUAAAGGUCAGACACCAAGACAGAUCUUCGUAGAGACACAUGCAAAGUUACUCAGUGAUGGAACUCAAUGGCUCGUCACAACUGCCAAUUCAUUCUCUGUCGUAGCAGCACUGAUUGCUACUGUUGCAUUUGCUACAUCUGCCACAAUCCCAGGCGGAGCCGAUGAUAAUGGCCAUCCACACUUAGAAAAUCAGCCUGCUUUCGACGUGUUCUCUAUAACAUCACUAGUUUCUCUUUGCUUCUCUGUCACGGCCCUAGUGUUUUUCUUAGCUAUCCUCACAUCUCGAUGCCGACACAAUGAUUUCGAGAAAGACUUGCCAAGAAAGUUGCUCCUUGGAUUAACUUCGCUUUUUGCAUCAAUAACUGCCAUUUUGAUCUCAUUCUGUGCUGCACAUUUCUUUGUCCUCCGGGAUAAAUUCAGGACUGCGGCAAUUCCAAUAUAUGGGGUAACAUGCAUACCUGUGGUGUUUUUUGCAUUUAAUCAGUUCCCUCUCUAUGUUGAUCUUAUAAGGUCAUACAUCCAAAACCUACCACUUCGUAGCUAUAAGGUGUUUUAUACCGAUUCCUCAGAAGCAACUAGCUCAGAUCAAAAGAAAGAAGGUAAAGAAAAGGAUGAUUGAAACAGGUCGAAAUUAUGACAAGAGCAGAGCGUUGCACGGUUUCCUACUUCAGUUUCCAAAUAAGGCUGGGUUGUUUUGUGUCAAAAAAUGAUGAAUUCCAAGAAAGGUUUCCCUUCG